AUGAAGAUCUUCUAUUUUAUCUCAGUUCUACUUCUCACAUUGACAUUAGCUGACAGUCAAACUACCGACUCGAGUAGUCUUGGUGAAACGACUACAAAUUUAUUCACCGUAUCAAAUGCAUCGUACGCUGUUCCACCCGAUCCGAACCAAAACAGUACAUUCAUAUUAAACACAGCUGAUAUAUCUACAGAGGCUACAACACCUGAUGGAAAUACAACUGCUAUUACCACAUCUGUUGUGACAAUGGAAACUUCAACAAGUACUUCCAGUAGCACAAGUACGACAACGAAACCAGAAACAACUACAAAAAAGAAAAAUUUGGGUCUUAUUCUUGGCCUUUCUUUGGGUCUGGGUAUUCCAGCACUGAUUGCUACUGUUGCUGGUGUUACCUUCUAUUGUUACAAGCGAAAAAACUCAAAUAUUACUCUGUGA